AGAUGUGCAUGUCAAAGUACUGAUUGUCCAUUCAUACCAAAACACAGAUUAAUAUACGCUACUUUAGUUUCAGGGACUAGUUAAGACUUAUUGCUUUCCCCAGUGUGUUUUCAGGUAUGUGUGCGUGUGUGUGUGUGUGUGUGUGUGUGUGUGUGUGUGUGUGUGUGUGUGUGUGUGUGUGUGUGUGUGUGUGUGUGUGUGUGUGUGUGUGUGUGUGUGUGUGUGUGUGUGUGUGUGUGUGUGGUUGAAGAAAAGAGAGAAAGUGAUAAAAGAGAGAAACUCUGUCGUAGUAGCUGGAGGGAGUGGCUUCAAGUUGCUGCUUGCCUAGAGAUUUAGCAACUACACCCAGCAAUUUUCAGAGCUAACUUACACAAAUAGAGGUGUGCAGGCAUUGUGUCCUUCAAGGAACUAGAAAAUCAUGGAUUACACAAAUUUUUUUAUCUUUCUUGGUUCCUUAGUGGUACUUCACUAUGCGGUAAAACUGCUGUCUUUUAUAAGGAUGCUUUGUCCCAAAUUCUUCUUUCCAUUGCCCAAGUCAUUCCUCAGAUCCAUGGGAGAGUGGGCAGUUGUGACCGGUGGAUCAGAGGGGAUAGGAAGAGCAUAUGCCUUUGAGCUGGCCAGACACGGGAUGAACGUCAUAAUUCUCAGCAGAAGCAAAGACAAACUGGAGCGUACAGCCAAAGAGAUCGAAGAAGAAACUGGCAAGAGGGUGAAAGUGUUGGUGGCUGACUUCUCACGUGAUGAUGUAUAUACGGAGAUUGAAGACAACCUUAAAGACCUAGAGAUUGGUGUUCUUGUCAAUAACGUUGGCAUUCUCCCCUCCAUGAUCCCUUCAAAAUUCCUGGAGACCAAAAACUUAAAUCAGACAAUGACUAAUGUCAUAAAUUGCAAUAUGAGAGCUAUGGCAGAGAUGUUCAGAAUAUGUCUUCCUGGCAUGGAGAAAAGAGGAAAGGGAGUGAUUGUGAAUCUUUCCUCAGGAGUGGCCACUAUUCCUUGUCCUCUAUAUAGCCUCUACAGCGCAUCUAAGGUGUUUGUCGAAAGAUUUUCUCUUUGCCUUCAGGCUGAAUACAGUGCCAAAGGAAUUAUUAUACAGGCAAUAGCUCCAUUCUCAGUGUCCACUGCCAUGAUAGGCUUCCAGAAAGGCGGGCUGUCAAUUCUUCCGGAAGACUUUGUGAGAACCUCUCUGCAGUAUCUAAAGGCUGGAGGCAAAAUCAACGGCAGCGUUGGCCACACCUUCAUGGGUUGGCUCCUAGAGUCUCUUCCCUCUGGGAUUCUCCACUCUGAAGCUAUGCAGGAAGGUUUUAUAGCCUAUGUCAAGAAAGCUGUCGCAGGUUAACGGCAUUCAUCUGUAAAAAAGCCUCAAGUCGGGGAGAGCUUUGUGCCCGCUGCCAACAUUGCCCUCAACAAACUCACUGCCUGAUGUUUCAUGUGCUGUUUAUACACUGCUCCAAAAGACGACCGUCGCUUUUAAUGGCUAUGUAUGUUUCCGUUGUCCCCCAAUGGCUGCCCCCUCCCUUCCAUCUCAUCCUGACUUCAACCUCGUCCAUCUGAAUGCACUGUCCAUCUCCAAUAAAGCAUCGCUAAUCAAUGUCAUCCUGCAGAAGAAUACAGGCAUCUUUUAUCUCUCAGAGACUGGGCAAAAACCUGGCGAUAACAUACAACCCCUGGUUGUAGGUACUUAGCUAAACCCAGACCCUGCUCUAAAAAUGGCUCCAGUUACCCCCAUUUUAAAGAAGCCCAACUCAGAUCCCAAUACCCUGUCCAACUACCGUCCUAUUUCAAACCUCCCCUUCCUGGCUAAAUUACUGGAAAAAGUGGACUUUUCAACUUCAGUACUUUCUCAACGACAAUUAACUUUAUGAGCACUUCCAAUCUGGUUUCUGUACACAUCACAGCCCAGACACUGCACACCUUCAAGUCGUAAACGACCCUCUCCGGUCUGUUGAUAACGGUUCCCCAAACAUUCUAAUCUUGGACUUCAGCGGUGCAUUCGACACUGUCAACCAUAAUGUGCUCAUCACCCGCCUGUCAGCUCUGGGUAUCUCAGACAUAGUCCUCCACUGGUUCCGGUCCUACCUCUCCAACAGACAACAGUUUGUCACUCUGGGCCCUCAUAAGUCUUCCACAUCCCCUGUCACUUGUGGUGUCCCUCAGGGUUCUGUUCUUGGGCCUCUCCUCUUCCUCAUAUACAUCCUUCCCCUUGGCUAAAUCAUCCGUGGACAUGGCCUUCAAUUCCAUUGCUACGCUGAUGACAUCCAUCUAAACCUCAUUACAGCCACCUCCACUGAUCCUUUUCCCAGCUCACUCAUUGACUGCCUAUCCGACUCUGGAUGCACUAUAACUUUCUCAGACUCAACACAGAUAAAACAGAAAUCCUCCUCAUCAAUCCCAAAUCUCAACGUUCCAAAUCACAUAGUCUCAGUUUGAACAUUGAUGGAACACUUGUACAAUCCGUUUCCGUUGUCAGAAACCUCAGCAUACUGCUUGACCCCUCACUCAAUUUCGAUCCACAAAUUAAAUCCCUCAAUAAGACUGCAUUCUUCCACCUCCGUAACAUAGCCCGUAUUUGGCCCUUCCUCUCUACCUCUGAUGUACUUACCCUGGUUCACUCCUUCAUUGCCUCAUGUUUAGACUACUGCAACUCCCUCUUUAUCGGCCUCCCAACUAAAUCAUUUUAAAGGGACACUGUGUAAAAAUUACUCCCAUCUAGUGGUACAAUUGUAUAUUGCAUUCAAACUAAUAGUGCUCGGUUGUUUAAAAACUACGGUGGGCAGUAUGUGCCAAGAAGCUGUGUCAUGACAUCCAAUACUACCUCAUCGAGUCAUUCGAGUGAUGAUGAGGUUUGUUAUUUCAAACAAAUUUCAAACUGCAUUGAAUCAUUAGUUUAAGCUAAUGAUGUAUGAGUAUGAGUAAUGAGUAAUUAUUCCUCGAGCAAGAUAGUGAAUUAUUUCAGUCAUCAUUCACGCUGGCUCAGAGUGAAAACGCGUUUGCAUUUCCGGUACCACGUAGUGCUUUUUGUCCCUCUCGGCAGUUCAUAGAACGGAAGAACAUGGAAGCCUCCAUGAAGCUUACCCGUCCUAUGUAACAUACAUAUUAAUUAUUCUUCGCUUAGGAGGAUAAGUGAGAUUUUUGGCAGAGAUAAUUUUACACCAAUUAGGACUUAUUUAUGAAUGAAUACGUUGAUUUGAGGAAAUAAAUGACUUUAAAUAUUACACAGUGUCCGUUUAAUGAUUGCAAUAUAUUCAAAAUUCAGCAGCCAGGCUACUCACUCACACCAAGCGAUCUGCUAACGUCACCACUAUUCUAUCUCAGCUACACUGGUUACCGGUUCUGUCCCGAAUCAGAUUCAAAAUGCUUCUUCUCACCUACAAAGCCCUCCAUGACCUUGCUCCUCCUUACCUCUGUGACCUUCUGACCCCUUAUGCUCCAACCCGCUCGAUAAUCUGACCACAAUCUCCUCUCCGUCUCCCGGACCAGACUUUCUACCCUGGGUGGCAGGUCUUUCAGUGCCAUGGCACUCAACCUCGGGAACUCCCUUCCUCCAUCCCUCCGUGACUGUCUCUUUAUUUUAUCUUUAUUUGUGUUGUUGGGCUGUCUUGUUCUCGCCCGGGGAGCAGGUGGGGGUUUCAGGUGCCUUGCUCAAGGCCACCUCAUCCGUGGAUGAGGACGUAGGAGAGUGCUGCACAACUAUUCCCCCCGUCCACAUUUCUACCUACCAGUCGGGAUUCAAACCGGCCGGCGUCCGGUUACCAGUCCAACUCCUUAACCAGUAAGCCACGGAUGCCUAAAAAGGCCAUAAAGCAACCAUUCAGAUUGUGUGUGCCAAGCCUGUUCCAGGCUGACUAUCUACAUACUGUAUAUCAUUUUUUUGUUGAUUAGGCAAUACAUACAAUUAUGUUUGGUUUUGUUACUUUUGUGUGAGUAUGUCUUCAUAUAUAUAACCAUCCACAUCUUGGAUGGCAAUAUCUACAGAUCUUGUGCCAAUAAAAUGCUUUUGUCAAUGACCUACAAUGACCAUAAGGAGGUGUGUAUUUAUUAUAGGGAUAUCAAUAUUAGUUUAGCUCCACACACUUUCCAGUCCUGGGUGAGUAGAAUGUGGAGUUGCAUGUCUUUAAGUAUAAGUAAAGUAUACGGUGUGUGUGUGUGUGUGUGUGUGUGUGUGUGUGUGUGUGUGUGUGUGUGUGUGUGUGUGUGUGUGUGUGUGUGUGUGUGUGUGUGUGUGUGUGUGUGUGCGUGUGUGCGUGUGUGUGUGUGUGUGUGUGAAUGAGUGUGAGGGGAAGUGAGAAAAACAAUUGUUUGUGUAUGAUGGACAAAUAUAAUGUGUGCACGGUUGUGCAUGCCUCAAUGUUUAGAGGUCAUAAAUCUCUUAGGUUAAUCGCCACUUUAUCUGCUCAAAGAGUGGCCAGGUUGUUCUCUUUCGCUCCCCGUCACACGCCAUGCACGCUGUGAAGGAAACACACAAUCACACACACAAAGACGCUGUGUGCGUCCACACAGCACACCUGCAGUGGCCAUUAGCAGCAACCUCCUUCCUCCAGGAUUAAGGGACUGUUUAAACAGAUGGCUAGAUGUCCAGCAGCAGAAGUCUGCUGUGUCAGUCCCCAACAAUCACCCUGGAGCAGAUGAUGAGGACAGAGCCUUGGGCCAGAAUUGUUUCACGUUUUGUUUUGUUUUUGUUGUUUUGGAAAAAUGUAGAGAGAAAAGAAUGGAUCCAUCUUUUAUGUUGGUGCAUCCGGAACAUGAAAAUAUACAAUCCUCCUUUGUUUCUGACAAUAGAAAAGCUGCACGAUAUAGGUGGGCUUAUGCUUAUUUAGUAGAUAAUUGGUGCAUGUUUAUGCACCAAUUGUGCACAAUUCGUUUCAGAGAUCCUGGUUUGGCAGAUAUCAUACAAAAAAACUGAACAUACCUGUUAUGACUGUCCAGCGCCACUUAGUGUUCAUCUGUGGAACUUGCUUGAUUGUGUAGCAUUACUGAAUGAAACCAACUAAGUUCAUACAUAUUUGAUUAUAUAUAUUUGACUGAAAUAUACAUGAUUUGUAUUGUAUGCUACUGUUAAGCAAUAAAUUAUUUCACCAUGA